AGUACGUUGUGCAAUUAAAAAAAAAAAAUUUGUUUUCUAUAUUUUUUCACGCCGAACGUUGAAUUCUCUCUAACGGUAUCUGAUCCAGAAGGGAAAAGUUUAGCCAUGAGUCCUUGCAAAUUACUCGCACUGAUCAUCUUCGUUUCUUUUUCGACACCUGGUUUGUCAUUGAAAUGCUACCUCUGCUCGGGAUACAACGCUCAACAACCAGAAGGAACCUACAACAACCCAUACUGCACCGACGCAAACUUUAAGAAGAGCAAAGUAGAAACCAUCAAAGACGUUGGAAAUUCUUGCAUUAAAAGAGUGAUUUAUAGCAACGGCAUGCAGUUCGUAGAGCGGUUCCAGGGUUCUCGCAGCGCCUCAAGAGCCACGAAGCGAUCUGCCAACGAGGCUCUCAACGCUACCGAGGACCGGGCGUUCAUCGUCGCAAGGGAAGCCCAAGCUCAUGACGAAACCUCGAUGGUAAUGACCAUCGAUGAUGAUAUAAAUGGCGUGGAAAAAUUGGCUCAAGAUCGUCCCGAUAAGGAAGAGCGAGGCGCGUUUGCUUAUGACCACAAGAAAUUUCACCGAGAGCGACGUCAAUUGGGUUAUGUUGAUUAUUACUGUUCGAAAAAUUUCUGUAAUGCAGGAUCACAGCAGAAAUUUUCAGCGAGUUUGAUCCUACUCACUGGACUGUGGACAUUGAUCGGAACCCGCGGCUAAAAAAUUUAAACGCAAUUUCUCAAAUCCAAGGGCUUUCUGGACUAACAUUGGAAUGGGAAUCAGUAAAUCAUUAUUCCCUAGAGUGCCCAUUUAUUAACUCGUCUGAUAAUCAUAUUGAUUUUGUAGUAUGUAUUCUUGAUUUGAGCUUUUAUCGGUAUUCACUUUGUAAUGUAUUAACUGUGCAUAAAUUUUUCUGAUUAUAAUAUCUUUAGUGAUUAGCCUUAAAAUCUAGUCUUUUUGUAAAUAGAGGCUCGAAAUUAGAAGCAAUAUUUUUAUUUUUAAUGUUAUGGAAUAUCCAUAUCAUUUAUUCAGGUAUCAAGAUGUGAAAUAAUUUACACCUCCACAUUUUAUUUUUAUUUCCGUUAGAACUUAAAAUAGUGCUUACAUUUACACAUAUCCAAAUGAAAAUAAAAAGCUUUUAUUAAGAAUAAACAUUGUUGUGCAUUAUGCGGUACUGCCUUGAAAUAAUUGCAUGGAAUGAAUCAUACAUCGUAUUAACUAUUAAUAAAUAAACUACUGAAAAUAGUUAAUUACAACA